AUGGACAACGUAAUUGACCUCGUCAACAAGAUUCAAGAUGUAUUCUCUGCCAUUGGUGUAGCUAGCGACACAUUGGAUCUGCCACAAAUCGUGACAGUAGGAGCACAAAGCGCCGGCAAAUCGUCCGUCUUGGAAACCAUUGUACAGCGCGACUUCCUUCCUCGUGGCAGCGGCAUCGUCACUCGUCGUCCUUUGGUGUUGCAAUUGGUUACGUUGCCAGCAUCGAGCGAAUCACAAGAUUAUGCCGAGUUCCUUCAUGUGAGCAACAAGCAGUUUUACGACUUUGCCCAAGUGCGACAAGAGAUUGAGGAUGAUACGGCUCGUGUGGCAGGAUCCAAUAAGGGUAUUGCGCGUCAACCCAUUCAUUUGAAGAUCUAUUCCAAAAAGGUGCUCAACUUGACAUUGGUGGACUUGCCUGGUUUGACUAAGAUCCCUAUUGGCGAUCAGCCUACAGACAUUGAAAAGCAGAUCCGUAGCUUGGUGCUCGACUAUAUCUCAAAGCCCAACAGCAUCAUCCUUGCAGUAAGCCCAGCCAACACCGACAUUGCCAACUCGGAUAGUCUUAAAUUAGCACGCAAAGUGGAUCCUGCAGGCAAGCGAACCAUUGGUGUGGUAACCAAGCUGGAUUUGAUGGAUGCCGGUACCAACGCUCUUGAUGUAUUGACGGGUCGUGCCUUUCCACUCAAGUUGGGUUUCGUCGGCAUGGUGAAUCGAAGCCAACAAGACAUUUUGACCAACAAGCCCAUGGAAGACGCCAUCAAGGCUGAAAAGGAGUUCUUUCAAAGACACAAUGCAUACAAAAGCAUCGCUUCUCGUUGUGGAUCAGAAUACCUUUCCAAGCAAUUGAAUACGAUCCUUGUGAAUCACAUUCGAGAAAAGCUGCCUGAUCUACGAUCCAAGUUGAGCUCGCUUAUUGGUCAAACACAACAUGAACUUGCACAGUAUGGUGAUCCUGCUUUUAUUGGUAGUGCACACAAGGGAUCGCUGGUUUUGAAAAUGAUCACCAUGUACGCCACUCAAUACAUGGCAUCCAUUGACGGCACUUCCCCUGAGAUUUCCACCAAGGAAUUAUCUGGUGGCGCGCGUAUUUAUUAUAUAUUCAACAACAUUUUCGGCCAAGCACUUGAUGCUAUUGUGCCAUGCUCUAAUAUCACCAACGAAGAUAUCCGAACGGCCAUUCGCAAUUCUACCGGACCACGUUGUUCAUUGUUUGUACCUGAGCUUGCUUUUGAUCUCCUUGUACGCCCUCAAAUUCGACUUUUGGAAGCUCCCAGUCUACGAUGUGUUGAAAUGGCAUUCCAAGAGUUAUCCAAGAUAUGUCAUACAUGCGGUACCAAGGAACUAUCCCGCUUCCCCAAACUCCAAUCCAAACUGGUUGAAGUUGUAUCGGACCUGCUUCACGAACGACUUGGCCCCUCAACUUCCUAUGUCAAGAGUUUGAUUGAGAUCGAAUGCGCUUAUAUCAAUACCAAUCAUCCUGAUUUCCCUGGUGCUACCGGUGCUAUGCGAGAACUUGAGAUCCGUAGUGGAAGAAAGGUUCGCAAAAACGAGCGAAAGAAGCCACAUGUCAAUGGUGUUAUGCCGCAACAACAGCAACAGCAGAACCAUCUUCAUUCCUCACAAACCCAACCACAACCCAUGCAGCAUUUGGAACGUCCACUUUCAACAGCAUCAUCUACAAUGUCAGCAUCAUCGCCUUCCAAAGACUCUUUCCUCAAUUACUUUUUCGGUGGUGGAUCCAAGACUGAUAUGGGUGGUAUGGGUGCACCUGGCGGUGCUGUUCCUCCGCCUCCUUCAUCUACCUCGACCAUGGGUGACAAAUUGAACAAUGAAAUUGAUCAGGAGUUGGAACCACAAUUUUCACAAGGCUUGGCUUUGGAUGAAGAGCUGGUGGGUCAACCUACUGAUCGCGAAGAUAUGGAAGUCGAAUUAAUUCGCACAUUGAUCAUCUCUUAUUUCAACAUUGUACGUAAAUCCAUCCAAGAUUUGGUGCCAAAGGCGAUCAUGCAUCUGUUGGUGAACUUUACUCGGGAAUCUGUGCAGAAUAGACUUGUGUCAGAACUCUAUCGGGAGGAUCUAUUCACCGAUUUGCUGCAGGAGGAUUCGGGUGUCACAGCUGAACGUGCACGGUGUAAGGCUAUGCUCGACAUGUACCGAAAAGCAUUUUCCAUCAUCAGCGAAACCAUCUAG